AGACCCAAUUCAUGUCCCUAAAUGAACCAGAUCCUCGCGACAAUAACCCAAUUUCCAUCGAUGGGCAGUUGGUCACCAUGUGCGAUCAAUAUAAAUAUCUGGGUAGUAUGAUGCACAGUUCGGGAAACCUGGAAUGCAACGUUCAACACCGAAUAGCGGCUGCAUGGCUGAAGUGGCGAGAAGUAACUGGUGUGAUAUGUGACAGAAGAAUGCCGGUCAAGCUCAAGGGUUUAAUCUACAAAACCAUCAUACGUCCAGUCCUUACGUAUGGCAGCGAAACAUGGGCUGCAACCAAAAGGCACAUACAUACCAUCCAGGUUGCCGAAAUGAAGAUGUUGAGGUGGAUGUGCGGCGUCACUAGGCUCGAUCGUAUUCGUAAUGAAUACGUGCGAGGAAGUUUAGGGGUGCGUGAUGUCGCAGAUAAGUUGCAGGAGAAUCGGCUACGGUGGUAUGGCCACGUAAAGAGAAGACCACCUGAUUACGUGGGAAAUUUGGCUCUGCAACUUUCCAUCCCCGGUCGAAGAUCGAGAGGGCGCCCCAAGACCAGAUGGCGGGACGUAGUGUCGAAAGACAUGAAAGAGUGCCAGGUGUCCGAGAGCGACGUCAUGGAUAGAGCGAAGUGGAAAAGAAAAAUAAGGAAAGCUGACCCCACCACCAUGUGGGAUACAUAGCAGGAAAGAG